AUGGCCGCUGUCACCGUGACAGCUCCUGUCAUGUCUGCUUCAUCAGCGUUGAAUGCCUCGUCAGCUUACGACAAGCGCGCGAGCAACUCAUCGUUUCUUACGACUCCUGGAUCGGGAACAUUCCCCUCAGAGUUGCUCAGCCCAAUGGCCACCUCGCCUGGUUUCAUGCGCCGGGAAGAUGCUCUGAAGACACCGAUCACUCCACCAUCUGCCUACCUCGACUUUCUUCGCAACAUGUCGCCCGCGGUGAUGAGUCCUGCCGCAUCGGCGACCAGUGCUCGGUUCAGCUUCAACGAGAAGAACUACGCGAACGCCCUUGAGCGCUCCCUCGAAGCAUUGAACCCCAAGUCAUGCACUUUCCCUUCAUCAAAACCGACCUCUUCACCUUUCCUGCCACGAGAGAUCCCGACGACCGACUCCACUAGCGCCGCCAGCUCAGAUAAGAACGCUAGCACAGUCACCACGACCUUCAACCUGCCACUCAUCCGAAAGAACAGCCUUAACAACCGACCAGAGUCGCCGCGCCUCAUUAUUCCUCCUUCGCCAUUUGUUCGACCCAACGCGCCGCGCUCUGCAUCCGGAAACAAUGCGAGCACCCCACGAUCAUACACAGGCACGCCUCUGAGUGCCCAGCCAUGGAGCGCCAGCACCUCUUUCUCACCUCGGGAACGCCAGGACGCUGCACUUUCUGGAACACCUGGACGCGUUAGUGUGCGCCAUGUCAUCACUCGUACAGUAACCUACUGCCGCACACCGACGACCACCAUGCCUUUGGAGCCCGCGCCUCGAGGAAAGCGAAGACGUCUCGGAGGACCAGGCUCCACCAACAGCGGUACCGAACGAAGCGAUGUCAUCAGGGAGUCUGCAGAGGAGGAGGUCGAGAGCGUCAGGUCAAUAGGGACCACACUCUCUCACCGCAAGCGAUCUCCUUCACAGCUGCAACAACAACAGCAACACCAACAGCAACAGCAACUCUUCGGUCCCCCGCUUCCACUCAAACAGGAGAAGGUCGAACCUCAAGAGGAACGCGACGAGAAGAUGGAGAUUGAAGAGGAACUUGACGAGUCAUCACUCUCCUCAUCCUCGUCGGUCGUCUCCUCGCUCUCGCGCUUGUCCGUCGAUCUUGAGACCACCGAAGACAAUAAGCCCGAGGAGACUCAAGAAUCUGGCACUACGCCUUCCGCGCAGCUUACGAGCGCUCCUGCAGCACCCAUUGUCUACGACACCGUCGAGUCCGCGGCCGCUGCCGCCAUCGAGGCGAUUACUAGCGGCUCUCAUCACAUCGUCCCACCACCAACACCAUCACACCCACUACAACAGUCAACACUACCUCCGACCAUCCCGGAGGAUCGCGACAUGGAGGAUGCGAACUAA